UUUCUACCACCUUAUAAAUCGCGACGGUGGCAACAUUGCCGAAUUCAUUGAUUACACAACCAGCAAAGAUGCCAUUUAAUGAGUUCAACUCGCUCACAGGUCGGCUAAAAGAAUCUACGAAAUUGCAACCACUUUAUCCCAUAUCACCUAUUCGUGCGGACAAGGUCGAACCUCCUGUAAUCAUGUUUGAUUCAAUUCGUACGAAACCUGUCAAGACGAUUACGUCUCAACAAGUAGCAGAAUACUCGUCAAAGAUUGAUCCCAAAAUGGCUGCAAAUUUUAAGAAGUUCCAGGAUUGGACAAAACCAGUUUACCUUCUGGGAGGAACUAGGGACAAAGUAUUCUUCGGAAUUAAUCUCGUUCUUACUGGUAUUGGACUUUGCUUCUCCGUCAGGACACUGAAUGCACUUUUCCGGCAGACAUAAAAUCAAAGCUAUGUGGAAUAGCUGCUUGUGUAGUCUCAUAUAAAUUGGCAAAGAAAUCAGAAUCGAUGAAAUAAUCUGUAACUAUGUCGAUGGAAUAUUGAGAAAUAAAGUAUGUUAUUUAUAAGACCUGAAA